AUGCCUCCACGGCAUUUCACUAGGUACAUUGCCAUUGCGGCAGUCUUCAUUUGCGGCCUCAUAAUAUUUUCUUCGACGUCGAGCUCGUCCACCGCUGCCGUGAUCGAUGCGAUUCCAUAUCCAGAAGGCCUCCGAGACGUGAUACCCAAACUCACUGUUCCCAACCUCCGCUGGUCUUUCCAGAGCUCUGCGCACAAGCCUCCCGAACAGAAGAAUAGUACACAUGGAGACAGUUCUUGGUAUAGCGAUUGGAAAUGGCUCAACCCCUUCUCCUCCUCUGUGACACUCGACGAGGAUCGCGUCGUCUUGCCUCCUCUGGCGGAACGGCCUCCGGUCUACACAUUCUAUGACACUUCAAUCGAAAGAGAUGACAAGACAAAGAGCAUCGACAAGGAGUUUCUAUUGACAUGGAGGCGAGCUUGGUGGGCUCAUGGGUUUCGACCGGUGGUUCUGACAGACGCAGAGGCUAUGAGCCAUCCACUCUAUCAGACCUUACACGCGAAAGGCAUGCCGGCGGUCCUUGAGCAGGAGUUCCGGCAGUGGUUAGCUUGGGCUCACAUGGGUACCGGUUUGCUUACAAGCUGGUACUGCUUACCCAUGGGCCCUGUUGACGACGCCCUUCUAUCUCAUCUGCGUCGAGGGCAAUAUCCUCAGCUUACCAAGUUCAAAGGCUUGGGAUCUGGUUUGUUUGCCGGAGAAAAGACCCAAAUAGAAGAUGCAAUCAAGUCCGCACUCGACAAUGUCAAAUUGAGCUCCUUCAAAACCAUCACGGAUGCCAUCGACUCGGAGCGUUUUGAAGUGGAGCAGCCGACAUCCAUCGCUUAUUAUGACUCCAAAACGAUAGCCUCCAAAUACCCUGUUCUGGCAGAAGUAAUCGCCAAGGAUGAGAAGAAAGGUCGACGCUCACUCAACCAACUCAUGAUUGCACAUCUUCACGUCAUGUGGCAAAACACUUUCAGCGCUGGUAUUGCGGUCUUACAGCCUCUUGCAGCUCACACCUUCACGCUUGUGCAGCCAUCCAAGGACCUAGCCCGCCUUCUUGCAGAAUGUCCCAGUUCUAUCUUGCAAUCGUCUUGUCCGCCGAAUCGACCGAAAUGCACACCGUGCACCGGUUCGAAGUUGAGAAUCACCACCGCUCCUUCUUUCCGGAAUACGUCUUCCUUGUUUACAAUUGCUGUUGUGCCUCACCCUUAUACGAUGAUUACACUGACAAAUCAAUCUGAUGCCGUAUCUGUCGCCCAUAUAAGACGGCAUACUGAACGAGAUCCUUGGAUAACUGCGGUCACGCGGGAUCUGCUGGGAGACGGUCGUGGUGGCCCAAGCCGCGUGGUGGCCUUAAAGGACGCGGUGGCAUCAGAAUAUGGCAGCAGUCGUUCCUUAUGGUUUACAACCGAGCAUUUCCCUGCAGAGGAAGUUUCUCCAUUUCCGGAAGACUGGCUCAUGCAUCUCGACUGGCACUUUGGCUUUCCCGUUCCAAGGACGACAGUGUCUCAUGGUGAGUCAUUGCCUCCAGUUCCUGGACCUGAGCGUUGGGCCAAACUUCCUGCCGGUCUUCCUGUGGAUCGUAAGAAGGCAUCUGAUCCUGAUCCGCCUACAGAAGAGCAGGCUGCAAUCGAGGCCGAUCUCUUACGGAAAGCAAGGAGCACCAUUAACAGUAAAAACGCAGCUGUGCUCAAGAUCCGUAAUGUGGCAGAGGCAUGGAAUCUGGCCGACACGGAGGCUUGGAAGUUCGUGAAGGGUUUCCGAGCCCGCCAGGUCGUUGAGAGAUUGAAAUUUGAGGACGAGGAGUCUGCGUACGAAACUGAGGGCGUGAGAGGCAAUAGUCGCUGGUGGGGUUCAUGA